CCUUGCCUACAUGCCAACAUUUAAAUAGGGUGCUUCAAACAUAACUGCUAAAUGUUCAUCUUACCUGGCUGUGUUUCAGUAUCUUAACAGCAAUAAUGCCUGUUUUCGUUGUGCACACCAAUGUGGCCAAAGAAGAUGUCCCGCAAGAACUUUAUUCUGAGGCGACCGUGGAACUGGCCAAAGCAAUGUGUUUACCAGAAAAGUACUUUUGCAUCAACAUCAUUGGAAGCCAGACCAUGACUUUUGGGGGAACGUCAGAGCCCUGUGCCCACUGUGACAUCCGUACUAUUGGGAGAAUUAAUGAGGAACAGAACAUUAAGUACUCAAAACUGUUGUGUGGAUUGCUAAAGAAACACCUUGGUAUUCCAUCUAACAGGAUGUAUGUCGACUUCUUCGACUUCAAUCCCCAGAAUGUGGCCCAUGACAACUCAGUCUUCAGCGUGAUAUUGUCUGGAAAACCCUAACUUUUAUGUGAAUAACACCAAAAUGAUUUGCUAUCUCAGUUCCAGAUAUCGAAUUAAGUUCAUUAAUAAAAUAAUGAAUGUGAAGUUUAAUGUUUCAAUAUAAGUGAACUACUAAUCAUUGUCUGUGCUCAUCACUUAACCCAAGAGCCCAAUUUAAUUACCGUUUUUGCCGACUGCUUACACACUGAAAGUGAAUGCUCAGACAAAAGCA